AUACGGAACAUACACCUGGCAGGCGGACGGGCUGCUGUACCUGACCAUGAGCAAGCUGGUGAGGGGAACCUUCUCACAAGCCAAGUCAUUCUGUGCCGCCAUCCCGGGUCACCGCCUCGGGAUUUACAAGACUGUAAUACAGCAGACCUUCAUAACAGCUCUAACAGCCGGUACCACUGAUGUCUGGUUCGUGGACCUGUCUAAGAACGGCUCCAACCCAGCGGUGUGGGGAGACGGGACCCUGUACCAGAGCACGAAGCUCGACCCAAGCCUCCUCAGAACAAAUGAUCAGACCAUCUUUAACGUGUACGCUCUGUACCAGGGCCACAUCCAAGAUUUUGGAAGUACCAGUGGUGUUUUUGUUCAGUGUCAAGUUAACCCUCGGGGCGUGGACUGGUAGUUAGUGGUGACGUCAGUGGCCAGGGGGGUGGUGGACGGAGGGGGACGUACCCACAUUGAUGGCUGGGGGAAGAUCACUCACCAAGUAAGAGGAGGACGACGGUGGUGGUGGUAAUCUCUUGGGUAAGGUAACUCACUAGCAACUCAUAUUGAUACGAGGAGCACCAUCUUGUUUUAACGGGUACCGCGGGUACUAGCUGGGGGUACCCAGCUGUGUCCUGGUCUCUCUCCCCUUACUGUCUCCUUCCCAAUUCCCCCCUGCACCCUCUCUCAUCUCAAUUCCCCUCUCCACGUUUCUCUCCCAACAUCCCCGUCUCCAUCUUCCCUCUCUAUCUCUUGCUCUCAGAAAAAUUAGUGUUACGAGUCACUGACAAAAUGCUAUCAACUCUAGCAAGAACCCAAGAGUUGACUGACAGUGAACACAACAAGAGCGAGUGGUCAUCACUCCACCCUCCUGGGUCACUACCCCCGGCACUGUAGUAACCUUACCCAUCACUGGAGCACCGGUCCUCAGCUCACACUGUAGUAUAGUUACUCAAGACAUCGUUAAGGCUGCUGUGGAGAUUGUCAGCUUCUUGUGUAUAUUUAGAACCACUUCUGAAAUAUUUGUUCUAAUUUUAGAUUUGUUGUUUAAGAUUCGCUACUCGGAACAAAAGUUCCAAGUAGCACGGGCUAUGGUGAGCCCGUAACUAAAAUUUUUGUUAGAUAUUUAGAUAUGAGCACUUUAAUAUAGUUAUAUGUUAACUAUAUAGUUAUAAUUUGUUAAUGUUUUGUGUAUGUUACCACCAGUGAUGGAGUUGGUGCUCAAAUAUAAUUGGGAAA